AAGUAAUUCUGAUCCGCACAUUCUGAGAAGGAUGUUCUCUCAGCUUCAAGAUAUGAUCUUCAAGUUUCCAUCUAUGCACUUUCCGAAGUUCCCAGCCAUGCACUUUCCCAAAUUCAGUGCCAAGGACUUCGCAGGCGGUCAAGCAACUAUGUCGACCACAGAGUUUCACUGUGUGAAUGGCACUUGUGAUGGCAAGACUAUCACUGGCAAGUGGAAAACACCCACCCAUCCCUUGCACUAAGUUAGCAGAUGGGCUUUAUUACAAACAGAAUCGAAAGCUAUUGGUCAAAACUAAGAGCACAAGUUAGUGAUGUAUAUAAAAGUAGUAAGUA